UACAACGCGAGUACGUAGUCAUGUCGCUGGAAAUUGAGUCUUCAGUGUCCCAGUGUGUAGUGAGCCAGGUGUGUGCAGGAAGCGAUAGAGAUAACUGAAGAAGUGCUACAAUUGAAGGGAGGGUGCCCUCUAGUGGCAUGAAAGUGAAAUGUUCCCACCAGAUGUUACAGACAGAUUACACAAGUACAAAUUACACAAAACAAAACUUGGAAAAUAGACAUUGGGAAGCAUGAAUGCAACAUCCUAUCUACCUUAAAGCAAGUGUGUGUGUGUGUGUGUGUGUGUGUGUGUGUGUGUGUGUGGGUGUGUCAUCUAUGAAACCUUGUGAUAUCCAACAAAACCUGCUUAACAGGAAAUAGAUGUUUGCACGGCAUGGAUUAUAUACAGUAAUUACGUGUCAGGGAACAGCAGUACAGAGCUGAACUUCACAACACAUUGCACAAACCAGCACAGUGACUCUUCCAGUGACUCUUCCCUUUACUUCCACGUCCACACUUUAAACAAUGGAUUUGCGGAUUGUUCUCCUGGGGAAGACUGGAUCAGGGAAGAGUGCAUCUGGAAACACCAUCCUUAACGGCACGCAUUUUGAAGUGAAAUCUUCUCCUGUAUUAGUGACUACAAACUGUGCAGUGAAAACAAGUGGGAACAUCAGGGUUAUCGAUACACCUGGCCUGUUUAACACAUCGCUAACCCCACAUGAAUUAAGAGAAGAAAUGGAUCAGUGUAUGAGCAUGGCAGUUCCUGGUCCUCAUGUGUUCCUGCUGGUGGUCAAACUGGGCAGAUUCACAGAGGAGGCGAAGAACGCGGUGAACUGGAUUAAGAAGAACUUUGGAAAACAUGCCUUGCUCUACACGAUUAUUCUGUUCACUCAUACUGAUCAGCUUGGAGAGAGGACACUCGAUGACUUUUUGGAAGAGAGUCCUGAUUUAAGGCGACUCCUCAACAGCUGUGGAAAUCGAUAUCAUGCGUUCAACAACAAUGAUUCCAGUCCUUCCCAGUUAGAAGACCUGAUGCAGAAGAUAGAUAACAUGGUUAAGAUGAAUGACAGGCAUUAUUACACUAAUGAGAUGUACGAGAAUGCUCAGGGAAAGAUCAGAGGUGGUGAAAUGUUUGCUUUAGGCAUCGCUGCAGCUUCAGGGAUAACUGCAACUGCCGGACUAGUAACUUUAGGAUUAUUAAUCAGAAGAUGAAUACAGUGUUGGCCAAAACAUAAUGAAAAUCAGUACUCAGUCUCGUUUCGGGCCAUGCCAGACCUGAAAAUAUCAAAUAUCACAAAACGAUAGAGAGCAUUAAAUUAAAAAAACCUCCAAACAAACAGAAUUGGAACGUAUUCCUGCCCUUUUAAUGUACAGUACACAAACUGUAUAUUUAUUAGUUUAUUAGAUUCCUCUGCAAGCUAUUUUCCUAAAUAUACUCAGUACAGUUUGGACAUAAUACCUGCUUUAUAACAUAUUUAUCUCAUUAGCAUUUCGUUUGGCAUUAUGGUAAUUAAGACUGCAAUCAACUUAUAAGAAUGUAUGUAUGGUUUUUCAGCUACAUGGAUAUUUCGAAAUACUUUUAACCCUUUCCUGUAAGAUGUGGAAUACCUUGAAGUAAAAUAUUUGGAAAUGCUAAAAAUGUACGUUAUUUUAAAUAAUUAAAAAAGUGAAAAUGUGGAAAUAUUCUUCACUAAAACAUGCAAUGUUUUUUUUUUUUUUUUUUUUUUAAGUAAUAUAAGCCUCAUAUUUACUGUGGAUCUCAUAUAAUGGCUAAUCCCUGAUUCCCAGAUAUCAAACUGUCAUAUUAAACUAAGGCUGCAGCUCAGAUGAAGCUCUGCUGUGUUUGGUUUUUCUGUAAAAUACAAUCAUUAAUGACUUGAAGCCUUGUUUCCUUGAAGAGUUUCCUCAAGAAUAGAUCCAGUUUUUGCAUAGUAUAUAUUCUGACCAUGUAGAAAGAUAUACAGUCUCAAAGCCUCAUUAGCUGGAUGUUUAAACAAACAUUGUCACGGUCCAUUUAAAGGACCCAAAUUGUAGAUAAUCGUACAGGCAUGAUCGUAUCAAACUAUCACUAAUAAACACAAUAUACCUUAAAUGGAACAAAUAACAUUAUUAGCUCAACAUGUAGAAGUAUAUCUGGCCAAGUAUUAUAUACAUUUCAUGUCUAGGUGAAAUGUUAUGGUUAAAAUGUUAUACCCUUUCAGUAAAGAAGGCCUCUGUUUUAAUUUUGGGAAACACUGCCCUGCUCAGCUCUUAUACUUCUUUUUGACUUUUUGACUAAUAAUAAUAAUAAACUAAUAAAAAGAUCUUUAAAGUGUGAAUCCAAUUCGUCAAUAUCCGCCUAAUACCACUUCUGUGUGUCUAGGUGCCCGUCGUCAUUUCUUCUUCUCCCCUUUACUGGAUACUAGGUCUCUCUCAUGUUUAUUUCAUGUCAUUUUUAUCCACAACAGUGUUUUCUGUGAAUGAGAGCAUCAUGUUCACACACUGAGGCCACAGUGGGAAAGACUCGCCACUCGUGAGCACACUUUUAAUCACAAAAUUAGUACCAGGACACUGUUCUGUUCUUGAUCAUGUGAUCUGAAGUCUAAUGAACAUGAUUUCAGACUUUUGAUGCAAAUAAAGGAAAACUUCCUGAAUUAAAUUCAUCAAUUACAGAAAUUACAGAAUAAACGAGUGACCUGGUGAACCAACAAUCAGAGAAAAAGGAGAGCAAAUUCAAAACAAACAUGUAAAGGAUAUAUUAAGUGGCGCUGAUGAUAAAGGGCAUUCUGGGAAAUCUAGAUGCCUGUGAGUGUACAUCAGGUGUUGGUGAAUGUGAUGGAAGUAAACAAGGUCAAUUUCCUGUAAACUUCCUGUUUGUACAGUGAAUACUGUGUAAAGAACGAGUUUGAACUAGAUUGUAUUUCAAGUCACCAUCGAGGACACUUUUAUGGAAUAGUGAACUGAACCAGUGAUUUAGAUGAUGAUUAAGAUGAGUCAGAAUUUUAGAUGAAUCACUGAUUAAAAUAAAUCAUUGGUUUUGAAAAGAAUCACUGUUUUAGAUGAAUCAGUCAUUUAGAUGAAUCUUUGUUUUAGACGAAUCACUGAUUAAAAUGAAUCGGUGAUUUAGAGGAAUCACCGUUUUAGAUGAAUCGUUCAUUUUGUUGAAUCACUUAUUAAAAUGAAUCGUUCAUUUUGAUGACUCAGUGUGUUAGAUGAAUCAGGCAUUCAGAUGGAUGUUUAAACAAAGCCUUCAUUCAUGUUCAUGUUUGUUAAAUAGUCUUUUAUGUUUUGCCAUUUUAUUAAAACUUUAUUAAUGCCU